AUCAUGGAUACAGAAAUGUCUGAAGAUAUAGACCACAACUUAACUCCUACCCUUGACAGCAUGUCUUAUGGAAUGCCGAAUCAAACAGGAUCUGAAAAUUCAUUGCUGGAUGAAGAUGAUUAUUUUUUGAACUCUGGGGAUCUUGCAGGAAUUCCAGUCGUUGGUAGUGACAAUGAGGAUGAACAGGAUUUUAGUUCAAAGGACAAUCUUGUUUCUUCAAUUCAUACUGAUGAUAGCUUGGAAGUAGAGAGAAGAGUCACACAGCAUGAAUCAGACAAUGAAAAUGAAAUACAGAUUCAAAAUAAAUUAAAAAAAGACUUUCCUAAACAAUUUGAUCAGGUUUCUGUCUUUAAAUCAAUACGGAAAGAUUUUAGUCUAGUAAGAGAAAACAGCAAAGAGACAUUUUCUGGAAAGGAGAAAAAUAGAGACCUAACUUAUCAUGAACGUGAAAAACGGUUGGAUAAACCCCAUAAAGAGUUGGAUUCAAGGUUGAAAAGCAGUUUUUUUGAUAAAGCAGCUAAUCAAGUUGAAGAAACAUUACAUACCCAUUUACCACAAACCCCAGAAACAAACUUUAGGGAUUCCAGCUAUCCAUUUGCCAAUAAAGAAUCCAUUGGUUCGGAACUGGGAAAUUCCUUUGCAUCAAAUAUUAGAAUUAAAGAAGAACCUUUGGAUGAUGAGUAUGACAAAGCAAUGGCACCACAGCAGGGACUACUAGACAGAAUUAAAGAUGAACCUGACAAUGCUCAAGAGUAUAGUCAUGGCCAACAGCAAAAAACUCAAGAGGGGGAACUGAAAAUUAGCGCUGUGUUUUCAGUCAGUGGCAGUCCUCUUGCUCCACAGUUGACUACUGGCUUUCAGCCUUCACUGGCAUCAUCUGGCAUGAAUAAAAUGCUUCCUUCAGUUCCAGCCACAGCUGUUCGAGUUUCCUGUUCUGGUUGUAAAAAAAUCCUCCAGAAGGGGCAAACUGCUUAUCAGAGGAAAGGGUCUACUCAGCUGUUCUGCUCUACAUUGUGCCUCACUGGAUAUACAGUUCCACCUGCCCGCCCACCGCCUCCUCCCACUAAGAAAACUUGCUCAAGUUGCUCAAAAGACAUUUUAAAUCCAAAGGAUGUGAUCAGUGCCCAGUUUGAAAAUACCACCACUAGUAAAGAUUUUUGUAGUCAGUCGUGUUUGUCAACAUAUGAACUGAAAAGAAAGCCUGUUGUUACCAUAAAUACAAAUAGCAUUUCAACUAAAUGCAGCAUGUGUCAGAAGAAUGCUGUUAUUCGACAUGAAGUUAAUUACCAGAAUGUGGUACACAAACUUUGCAGUGAUGCCUGCUUCUCUAAGUUUCGCUCUGCUAACAAUCUCACCAUGAACUGUUGUGAAAACUGUGGGGGUUACUGCUACAGUGGCUCUGGACAGUGCCACCUGCUUCAGAUAGAGGGCCAGUCUAAGAAGUUCUGUAGUUCAGCAUGCGUCACCGCAUAUAAGCAGAAAUCAGCCAAAAUUACACCAUGUGCGCUUUGCAAAUCAUUGAGAUCCUCAGCAGAAAUGAUUGAAAAUACCAAUAGCUUGGGAAAGACAGAGCUUUUCUGUUCUGUUAAUUGCUUAUCUGCUUACAGAGUUAAAAUGGUUACUUCUGCAGGUGUACAAGUUCAGUGUAACAGUUGUAAAACCUCAGCAAUCCCUCAGUAUCACCUAGCCAUGUCAGAUGGAAGUAUACGCAACUUCUGCAGCUACAGUUGUGUGGUAGCUUUCCAGAAUUUGUUCAACAAACCAGCAGGAAUGAAUUCUUCAGUAGUGCCCUUGUCUCAGGGCCAAGUAAUUGUAAGCAUCCCUACAGGUUCAACAGUGUCAGCAGGAGGGGGUAACACCUCUGCUGUUUCUCCCACUUCCAUCAGCAGCUCUGCUGCAGCUGGUCUCCAGCGUCUUGCUGCCCAAUCCCAACAUGUGGGGUUUGCACGAAGUGUUGUAAAACUCAAGUGUCAGCACUGUAACCGUCUUUUUGCUACAAAACCAGAACUUCUUGACUAUAAGGGUAAAAUGUUUCAGUUCUGUGGCAAAAACUGUUCUGAUGAAUAUAAGAAAAUAAAUAAUGUAAUGGCAAUGUGUGAAUAUUGUAAAAUUGAGAAAAUUGUAAAGGAGACUGUGCGAUUCUCAGGUGCUGACAAGUCAUUCUGUAGUGAAGGUUGCAAAUUGCUUUAUAAACAUGACUUGGCAAAACGCUGGGGAAAUCACUGUAAAAUGUGCAGUUAUUGUUUACAGACAUCUCCCAAAUUGGUACAGAAUAAUUUAGGGGGGAAAGUAGAAGAGUUUUGUUGUGAAGAAUGCAUGUCCAAAUAUACAGUUUUGCUCUGUCAGAUGGCAAAAUGUGAUGGUUGUAAGCGACAGGGUAAGCUCAGUGAGUCCUUGAAAUGGCGGGGAGAAAUGAAACAUUUCUGUAACCUGCUUUGUAUUUUGAUGUUCUGUAAUCAGCAAAGUAUGUGUGACCCACCUUCACAGAACAAUGCAGCAAGUAUUUCCAUGGUGCCAGCUGCUUCAGCAGGGCCCCCGUCUCUAAGAAAAGAUUCAACUCCAGUUAUAGCUAAUGUAGUAUCAUUAGCAAGUGCUCCUGCUGCUCAGCCCACAGUGAAUUCUAACAGUGUCUUACAAGGUGCAGUUCCAACAGUAACAGCAAAAAUCAUUGGGGAUGCAAGUACACAAACAGAUGUCCUGAAACUGCCACCUUCCCAGCCUCCAAGACUUUUGAAAAAUAAAGCUUUAUUAUGCAAACCCAUCACACAGACCAAGGCCACCUCUUGCAAACCACAUACACAAAACAAAGAAUGCCAGACAGACACUCCAGCUCAGCCCCAAAUGAUUGUGGUGCCAGUUCCAGUACCGGUGUUCGUACCUAUGCCUCUUCAUCUGUACACUCAGUAUGCGCCAGUCCCAUUUGGAAUUCCAGUUCCAAUGCCUGUCCCUGUGCUUAUUCCAUCCAUAAUGGGUAACGAAGAUAAAGUCACCGAGAGUAUUGAGGACAUUAAGGAAAAGCUUCCCUCACAUCCUUUUGAAGCUGAUCUCCUUGAAAUGGCAGAAAUGAUUGCAGAAGAUGAAGAGAAGGAGAAGACUCUAUCUCAGGGAGAAUCCCAAACUUCUGAACAGGAACUCUUUUUAGACACCAAGAUAUUUGAAAAAGACCAAGGAAGUACUUACAGUGGUGAUCUUGAAUCAGAGGCAGUAUCUACUCCACAUAGCUGGGAGGAAGAAUUAAAUCAUUAUGCCUUAAAGUCAAAUACUGUGCAAGAGGCUGAUUUAGAAGUGAAGCAGUUCUCAAAAGGGGAAACUGAACAAGAUCUGGAAGCAGAUUUCCCCUCAGAAUCCUUUGACCCACUGAACAAAGGACAGGGAAUCCAGGUACGUUCCCGAACAAGAAGACGACACAGAGAUGGCUUCCCCCAGCCCAGACGAAGAGGACGGAAGAAGUCUAUAGUAUCUGUGGAGCCCAGGAGUCUUAUUCAAGGAGCCUUUCAAGGGUGCUCAGUGUCUGGGAUGACAUUGAAAUACAUGUAUGGGGUAAACGCCUGGAAGAACUGGGUUCAGUGGAAAAAUGCCAAGGAAGAGCAGGGGGAUCUGAAAUGUGGCGGAGUUGAACAUGCCUCAUCUAGCCCGUGUUCUGAGCCGUUAGGAAGUACUCAAGACCAUGCACUCUCUCAAGAAUCUUCAGAGCCAGGCUGUAAAGUCCGCUCUAUCAAGCUGAAGGAAGAUAUUCUGUCCUGCACUUUUGCUGAGUUGAGUUUAGGCUUAUGCCAGUUUAUUCAAGAAGUGCGGAGACCAAAUGGUGAAAAAUAUGACCCAGACAGUAUCUUAUACUUGUGCCUUGGAAUUCAGCAGUACCUGUUUGAAAAUGGUAGAAUAGAUAACAUUUUUACUGAGCCCUAUUCCAGAUUUAUGAUUGAACUUACCAAACUCUUGAAAAUAUGGGAACCUACAAUACUUCCUAAUGGUUACAUGUUCUCUCGCAUUGAAGAAGAGCACUUGUGGGAGUGCAAACAGCUGGGCGCUUACUCACCAAUUGUCCUCUUGAACACCCUCCUUUUCUUCAAUACCAAAUACUUUCAACUAAAGAAUGUUACUGAGCACUUGAAGCUUUCCUUUGCCCAUGUGAUGAGACGGACGAGGACUCUGAAGUACAGUACCAAGAUGACCUAUCUGAGGUUCUUCCCACCUUCACAAAAACAAGAGUCAGAACCAGAUAAACUAACUGUUGGCAAGAGGAAACGAAAUGAAGAUGAUGAUGUUCCAGUGGGUGUGGAGAUGGCAGAGAAUACUGAUAACCCCCUCAGAUGCCCAGUCCGACUUUAUGAGUUUUACCUGUCCAAAUGUUCUGAAAGUGUGAAGCAGAGGAAUGAUGUGUUUUACCUUCAGCCUGAGCGCUCCUGUGUUCCAAAUAGCCCCAUGUGGUACUCCACAUUUCCCAUAGACCCUGGGACCCUGGACACCAUGUUAACACGUAUUCUCAUGGUGAGGGAGGUACACGAAGAACUUGCCAAAGCCAAAUCGGAAGACUCUGAUGUUGAAUUAUCAGAUUAAAGUGGA